CUGUCAUACUUCCCCGUCGCCAACGAGUACAUCGAUGGAGUCUUCAACGAGAAGACGAACCUGCCCCCGAGGUGGUCGUUCUAUGUUCCCGACUUCGACUUCGACGUUAAGGACUUUGAGAAAUACGAACAACAGGACAACAGCGAGGAUGACGAUAUACCAACAGCGCUGAAGGGGUUCCGUGUGGACUUUUACCCUGGAGAUCCAAACGACCCCAAGUGCUGGUCGGUUGCCUACCGGAUGCUCGUCGUCGGCAUGUUCGCCUUCACCACCUUGGCCACCGGUAUCUACUCGACGGCAUACUCGAGUGGCAUCAACCAGAUGGUCGAGGAGCUGGGCAUCACCAACCAGUCAUUGCCACUGCUUGGUAUCUCACUAUACCUUGUCGGCCUGGCGCUGGGAGCUCUCAUCAUGGCACCACUCAGUGAGACCUUCGGCCGCAGGCCGAUGUACAUCGGAGGUCUUACCGUCUUCUUGGCUCUCAUUCCCAUCGCUGCUCUUGCGACAAACUUCACCAUGGUCAUCGUCGCGCGCUUCUUAGGAGCCGUCGCUGGAAGUGUCAUGCUUUCCAACGUAGCUGGAUCGAUCAUUGACAUCACCGACCCUAAGUACCUCCCUUUGGCGAUAUCCGUUUACUCCUUCGGACCUCUCAAUGGCCCCGUGCUGGGACCCCUCAUCGGAGGUUUCCUCGUCGAGGCAUGGGGUUGGAGAUCCCUGAACUGGAUGUCGCUAAUUUCAACAGCUGUGGGGGCUGCUUUCAUUAUGACGAUCCCUGAAACAUAUCGCCCAACGCUUUUGCGAAAGAUGGCGGCGCAGAAGAGAAAGGAAGAAGACGAUCUUCGUUACUGGUCCGACUUCGACGACACUGUCCCGCUCUUUCGCAGAAUCCGCACUGCAGUCUCGCGACCUUUCAUUUUGUCCUUUACCGAACCUGUACUACUAUUCUGGAACGUCUACAUCUCCGUCAUCUAUGCCAUCGUUCAACUGGCAUACGUCGCAUUUCCUAUCAUCUUCCAAGGCGAACGAGGCUGGUCUACGUCGAUCUCGGGACUCGCUUUUCUCGGUGUGUUCGUCGGCAUCGCACUUGUUCUCGCAACCGAGCCUUUGCUGCGGAAGCUUGUUCAACGCCAGCCCAAGAACCCCGACACGGGCAAGCCGGAGCCCGAGGCUACCGUGCUUCUCAUCUGUAUCGGAGCGGUCCUCGAGCCCGUAGGCCAGCUCAUGUUCGCACUCACGUCCCUUCCUGUGGAGAUUCCUUUUUACUGGAGCAUUCUAUCUGGCGUUCCCUUUGGAUACGGCUUCGGCCUUGUUUUCAUCUACGGCACUGGGUACAUCUCGAACGUGUUCGGCAUGUACGCCACUUCGGCUUCUGCCGGAAAUCUUGUUUUCAGAUCAAUUUUGGGCGCCGUCUUGGUCAUCGUGGGCAAGAGCAUGUACGCCGCCCUCACCCCGCGCAUCGCGGGUAUCACAAUUGGCGUUGCCGAAGUCGUGCUCAUGCCCAUCCCUUUCAUAUUUCUUAAAUGGGGCAAGAAGAUUCGGCAAAAGAGCAAACUCAUUCGGACUUUGGAGGAGCAGGCGAAAAAGGUUGGGAAGUGA